CCGAAGUGAACUCUCCAAAUACUUAAAGAAUGGCCAUUUUCCGAGAAACGAGCUUGCCUUUAACCCCAUAGUUCUCAAUUUCUAUCACCAACACGUAAAGUACACUUGAUUACAUUCUAUCCUUCCAGUGAAAUUGCAUUUUCUCAAUCAUGGCUUCUAACUAUAUUACCAACGUUGCCAUUGUCGGAGCUGGAGGCAACAGUGGUAGCUUCAUGACUGACGCCUUGCUGAAAGCUGGAAAACACACCAUUACCGCACUCACCAGAGAGGGUAGCCAGAGCAAACUCCCAUCCGGAGUGAUCUCCAAGACCAUUGACUACGGCAAGAUCGAGACCAUUGUUGAGGCACUAAAAGGACAGGAGGCUCUGAUCAUCACAGUCCCAGGUCAAGCACCCGAAGACACGGAGCUGAACUUGAUCAAGGCCGCUGCAGAGGCUGGCGUGAAAUGGAUUCUGAAUGAUUGGUGCCCCGACACGUUGAAUGCGGACUUGGUUCGGGAUGUUAAUAUUUUCCAGUUCAAAGUGGCCUUCCGCAAGGCUAUCAGUGACCUCGGGGUAAGUAACUAUAUCAGCGUGUCGACUGGCUUCUGGUACGAAUGGAGUUUGGCAAUCCCGGCGGCGUUUGGGAUCGAUCUGAUUAAUCGGACUGCGACGUUAUUUGAUGAAGGUGAUGUCAAGAUCACAACAUCCACCUGGCCUCAGGUCGGUCGCGCCGUGGCUGGGAUUUUGAGCCUACCAACCAAGGCCGAAGGCUCUGAAGCAUCUCUCGAGAACCUCAAGAAUCAGGUCAUUUAUGUCAAGUCUUUCACUGUCAGCCAGAAGGACAUGUUGGAAUCCGUGUACCGAGUUACCGGAACCACAGAAGCCGACUGGACCAUCACCAAAGAGUCGUCUAUUGAGCGGUAUACCAACGGCUUGAAGGAGAUGUACGAGGGGAGUCGCAACGGAUUUGCGAAGAUGCUUUACACUCGGGUGUUCUACCCGGAUGGCUGUGGUGAUAUAGAGCACAAGGGUACGAUCAACGACCUACUUGGUCUGCCAACGGAGGAUAUCGAUGCAGCGACGCGGGUUGCCGUUGACCGAGCCAAGACCCAUCCUUGGAGCUGAAGCACUAGAAAUCUGGAGGAGAUCGGAAUGGCUUCAUGGCGAUGGAAAUCGGAUUGGAUCCGCCUCCCGCUGAAUGCGCACAAUCAGGGUAUACUAUCUACAGCUGGUGGGAAGGCACGAUGGAUGGUAGUGUGAAAGGUUGUAAUUUGGAAACACCCCUCUCAAUCAUCAGACAUGGUAUUCGCAACAAGUAUAAAUC